UAUGUAUGAUUCUCUCUCUGCUAGUGGCGGCCUCAAUUAGUUUAUAUCUUCACAGACUUUCAAGAGUCCAGGUCUCAGCUUUUACAAUUACAAAUGAAGAAAGUUGUAUUGAAAUUGGAUUUGCAUGAUAAAAAAGAAAAACAAAAGGCCAUGAAAGCAGUUUCGGUUCUUUCAGGGAUUGAUUCGAUUGCGAUGGACAUGAAAGAGAAGAAAUUAACAGUAAUAGGAGACGUUGAUCCGGUCGAAAUCGUAAGCAAAUUGAGAAAACAAUGGUGGACAGAGAUUUUAACAGUUGGACCAGCAAAGGAGGAGAAAAAAGAUGGAGAGAAGAAGGAAGAAGACAAAAAGAAAGAUCAAAAUGAACAACAAAAAUUAGCAGAGCUUCAGAAGGCCUAUCUUCAAGCCUACAAUCCAUACUUCCCAAGAUAUUACCAUGUAUUCACUGAAGAUAACCCAAAUGGUUGUGUCAUCUCUUAA